AUGUCUUCCCAAAAGGUUUUUACAACAAUCUUCUUCUUACUCUUUCUCUCAAUUAGUAUUACCGCACCAUCUAAAGCACAAUUAUCCUCUACAUUCUAUGAUGGUACAUGUCCAAAUGCAUUACGUACAAUCAGGACCUCGAUUAGGACAGCCAUAUCUCGUGAGCGUCGUAUGGCUGCUUCCAUCCUUCGUCUACAUUUUCACGACUGCUUUGUUCAGGGUUGUGAUGCAUCAAUCUUGCUAGACGACGGUCCUUCCAUAGUAAGCGAAAAGAAUGCAUUGCCUAACGUAGGUUCGGUAAGAGGAUAUGAAGUGAUAGAGGCUGCAAAGUCUGAAGUUGAGAAACUAUGUCCCGGUGUUGUGUCUUGUGCUGACAUACUUACCGUGGCUGCCCGUGAUGCAUCUGAAAUGGUUGGUGGUCCGUCGUGGUCAGUGAAGCUAGGAAGAAGAGAUUCAACCACAGCUAACAUUGUUUUAGCAAAUACCGGUUCUCUUCCCGGUUUUAAAGAUCCCUUAGAUACACUUAUUUCAACCUUUGGCAAUAAUGGACUAAGCCCAAGAGACAUGGUUGCAUUAUCAGGAGCGCAUACUAUUGGACAAGCACAAUGUUUCUUGUUCCGCGACAGGAUAUACAACAACGGAUCAGAUAUUGAUGCUGGAUUUGCUAGCACACGUAGACGUCGUUGCCCUACAAUCGAUGGCAAUGGAAAUCUUGCUGCAUUAGAUUUGGUGACACCCAAUUCUUUUGACAACAAUUACUUCAAGAACUUGAUACAGAAAAAGGGUCUUCUUGAAACAGAUCAAGUACUUUUCAGCGGUGGAUCGACAGACAGCAUUGUAAGAGAAUAUAGCAACAAUCCAAACUUGUUUAAGUCGGAUUUUGCAGCAGCCAUGGUAAGGAUGGGUGAAAUCAGUCCAUUAACCGGUCAGGAAGGAGUCAUUCGGAGGAUCUGUAGUGCUCUUACCAGCUAGUUGCUUGUUACGGAGAUCGAAUUGAUUUAAUUAGUUGGGUUUUCUUCAUCUUUGUACGUAAUCAUAUCUUCAUUCUUUUAUUUUACGAUUUCAUUUGUAAUCAUCAUAUCUUCAUUCAUUUAUUCUAAUCUUUUCAAGUGUAAAGUAAUACAUUAUUUUGUUUAUU